GCCGGCAAAGGAGAGGCCCGUGAGGGGCGGGAGCCCGCGGGGCCCACGAGCGCGUGGGGGCGGCAGCGAGUGGGGACCUUGGUCAGCGGCUCGCGCCCCCGCGCAGCCCUGCUGUGAUCGGGGGCUGCGCUGGUCCGUGUCCCCGGGUCGGGGGCGGCGGGGGCGGGUAUCCGGCCCCCACAAGGCGGCCGCACGUGUGGCGGGGCCCGAGUUUCGUCCUCUCCUUGACCGGACGGCAAAAGCGUUGCUCUCGGGGCGCAGCUUUGUCCAGGCUGCGGGGCGCGCUCUGGGGCCCUUCGCUACCUGCCUGGGCCCCCCAUGCACCCGCGACCCGACCCACGCCGACCGGCGGGAACCGAGACCCGGAGAGGUGCUGAGUACUCAGGCGGCGAAGUGUGCCGGUCCAACAAAAGCCCCUGGGUCUGUUUGACUUGUUCAAGUGUCCACUGUGGAAGGUAUGUGAAUGGCCAUGCAAAAAAACAUUAUGAAGAUGCACAAAUACCUUUAACCAAUCAUAAGAAAUCAGAAAAGCAAGAAAAAGCUCAGCACACAGUGUGUAUGGAUUGCAGUAGCUACAGUACAUAUUGUUAUCGCUGUGAUGAUUUUGUGGUUAAUGACACCAAGCUGGGACUGGUACAGAAAGUCAGAGAACACUUACAGAACUUGGAAAACUCAGCUUUCACAGCUGACAGGCAUAGGAAAAGAAAACUUUUGGAAAACUCAUCACUAAACAGCAAGUUAUUAAAAGUAAAUGGAAGUACCACUGCCAUUUGUGCCACAGGUCUUCGAAAUUUGGGGAACACGUGUUUCAUGAAUGCCAUCCUUCAGUCACUCAGUAACAUUGAGCAGUUUUGCUGUUAUUUCAAAGAACUACCCGCUGUGGAGUUAAGGAAUGGGAAGACAGCAGGGAGGCGAACAUACCACACCAGGAGCCAGGGGGACAACAACGUGUCUUUGGUAGAAGAGUUUAGGAAGACACUCUGUGCUUUAUGGCAAGGGAGCCAGACUGCAUUUAGCCCGGAAUCCUUAUUUUAUGUUGUUUGGAAGAUUAUGCCAAAUUUUAGGGGCUAUCAGCAGCAGGAUGCCCAUGAAUUCAUGCGCUACCUGUUAGACCACCUGCACUUGGAACUCCAGGGCGGUUUCAAUGGGAUCUCCCGCUCAUCAAUUCUGCAAGAGAAUUCCACUCUGUCUGCAAGUAACAAAUGUUGCAUAAAUGGAGCAUCUACAGUUGUCACGGCUAUAUUCGGAGGCAUUCUCCAAAAUGAGGUUAACUGCCUCAUAUGUGGGACAGAAUCUAGAAAGUUUGAUCCAUUCCUAGACCUUUCAUUAGAUAUUCCAAGUCAGUUCAGAAAUAAGCGCUCUAAGAAUCAAGAAAAUGGACCAGUUUGUUCAUUACGAGAUUGUCUUCGCAGUUUUACCGACUUAGAAGAACUUGAUGAGACAGAGUUAUAUAUGUGCCACAAGUGCAAAAAGAAACAAAAGUCCACUAAAAAGUUUUGGAUCCAAAAACUACCCAAGGUGCUAUGCUUACAUUUGAAGAGAUUUCACUGGACUGCAUAUUUACGAAACAAAGUUGAUACAUAUGUAGAAUUUCCCCUGAGAGGCCUAGACAUGAAAUGCUACUUGCUAGAGCCUGAGAACAGUGGCCCGGAGAACUGCCUGUAUGACCUUGCCGCGGUGGUGGUGCACCAUGGUUCUGGGGUUGGUUCUGGACAUUACACAGCAUAUGCAACUCACGAAGGUCGCUGGUUCCAUUUCAAUGACAGUACUGUAACUCUGACUGAUGAAGACACCGUCGUGAAGGCCAAGGCCUACAUCCUUUUUUAUGUGGAACGCCAGGCCAAAGCUGGAUCUGACAAACUUUAAUACCUCCUCCAAAUCAUUAUUCGUCAACUAUACCGGACAAACAUUUCCAAUUUUCCAUAAAUACUUGAUCCAAGAUUUAAUUUCAUUAUGCACUUUUUUAAUUUCCUAUUUUGGGUUUAGUUUUGUCAAUGGUAGUGACUUAUUGAACAUGGGCACCAACUAAUUUUUUUUUUUUUUUUUUUUAGUUCUACCAGAAAACCUCAGCAGAUAUUUUGAUUUGCUGCUUUAGUUGUAAUAAUUUGGUUUUUAUAUGUAGGUUCAAGAACUUAGUUCUAUUUGACUUUUUUAUAUUAAUGUUUUCAGUUCUCACUUUGAGGCACAUUUACAUCAAUGCUUUGUUACUCUCACAUCCUGAAAGCAAGGUAUGUUCCUGAUUGUGAAGAGCACUGUAACUGCCUGCUGCCUUCUCACAGCUGGAAUGGGGAUCAGGUUGGCUCUAAAUCAAGGAUCAUGUGUGCGCAUGCUCUGUGGCCCAGGAGACUUCAGUGACCGCUCAGUAAUCACUCUUUUGCUUGUAAAAGAUAACUGAAAGGGCAUCAUUACGUAGACCAGGUAACUGCUGCUGUUGUUUUCUCUCAAAGCUGCUGUUUAUCAGCACUAACUAAAUAAAUUUGUUGGUUCAGUUGUACCUAUACUGCAGAUUCAAGAAUCACUCUAUUUCUUCUUCUUGAUUUUGGGGCAUUUUCAUGGAGGAGAUAGGGGUACCGAAAAGUCCAAAUAAGAUCAAAUACACGUAAGUGUAAAAAAUUCUCAGCUACAUGUUAUCCAGGUGUUAUUUAUCCAAUGUGAUGAAACUGUGGCUUCUGUUUUGCCUUUUUAAGUCAGCACCCAGUUCCCUCAUGUGCAGCACUGAGAUUAACUGCACGUCCACUCUAGGCUUACUUCUUGCUUGGCGACCUGAGGUUGAGAUGCUCACCUCCAGAGUGACUCUGACCAUCACCCACACUUCAGCUAACACUGUGGGGUUGGCCUCCACAGAAGGAAACUAGAGUCUUCACUCUCAUUGGCCUCUCCUGAUAACGCAGCAAGCUGCAAAUAUUCUCGCUUUGUAGAAGUAAUUUCUAUUCUUGAAUGUAGUAGUUUGUUUUAAAAUUGUUUUCAAGAAAAGUAGGUAUCGGCAUGAUUUAGAUUUGACUCAAAUUGAAAUCUGGAACCAGAAUCCUGUCUAAUGAAGGUAACUGAUUUCUGUAAGUGCUCCAAGCCAGCCUGCUGAUCUUGGGGUGCUGGUGGCAUGAUGUGUCAAUUGUGACAGAAGAGGAAGGUGCUCCUCCUAGUCCUGCGGGAUAGAACCACUCCAUUUUCACGUCCCUUCCUGUCCCAGUCUUCAUUUUCCUCCCUUCCCAAUCUUCUAACAAGUCAUUACAAGGGGCAGAAUGUAUUUCCUGUGAAGCCAGCCAAACACACUUUUCAAUAAUCUUGUUUAUUCUGUUAAAAGAAAAAAUGGUUCAGGUUUUCUUAAGUGUAUGAAUGUAAAGGAAAGUAGGGUGCUCCCCUCCUGGGUCAGAUAGUUGAAGCUGUAGGAGCAGAUGGGCUCCAUUUCCACUUUAGUAUUAGCUGGGUAAAUCCCAUGAUUUCUCAGAGCAAGACAUCUGUUAAACACUUUAACACGACUAGGAGUGAAUUAUCAUUAUGUCUAAACUUGUGGCUACCCAGUACAGCUGCCAUUGGCCACAUGUGGUUAUUAGCUAAAUGUUAAUUUUAAUUAAAAAUAAAAACUCAGUUCAUCAGUCACACAGGUCAGAUUUCAAGAGCUCAGGAGCCACAUGUGACUCAGGGCUGCCCACGUCUGAGACAGUUCCACUGACGUGCAGAGCGUGCAGACAGCACCGGUCUGCAUUUCCAUUCCAGAGGGGAAAAAAAGCUUCACCAGCGUGUUCAGGCCUUAGAGCUUAGAAACAGAGGGCCUGGAAUUAAGAGGGAAACAUGUACUUAAAAUGGCUUACAAUGCUAGAGUACACGACGUGUUGAGGCACAUGAAAUUGAGGUAGUGACUUUUUGACCAACAAAAGUGACAGUUUCACAUAACUUGAUCCGUAUCAAUAUAUUAACACCACACGUCAUUAAACUUGAAACGUGUAACUCGUCUGAUCUUGCGCCUACGAACCCAGGCUUUUUUGCUUAGAAGGUAUACAUUUGUAACUCUGACUAUUUGCACUUAAGAUUAUUAGUUUCUGGAUGGGCAGCAGUUGUAACUGCGGCAAGAAAGCCUCAGGCAGUGUUGAUGGAGCAAAGUGGCCUUUGUACCAAAUUUAUAGCAGACUAGAUGGGCAAGUGGUCCUCGCACGGGCAGCAUAGUUAGCUUAGGAGAUAACACAUCUCCUCUUUGACUUUUGUCGUGUUUUUAUUUCCUGAUUUACUUCAGCAGAUGUGUUUGAAGGACAUCAUGAAGGUUCUUUGGAAGAGUGACUGGAUCCAUGUGAGCCGUGCCCUUGAACACCCGUGAUGUAAAUGUGCCUAUUUGUAUUUUUAAAAUUUAACUGUGCAGCCUUAUCAUGCCUAUUUCAGAAGCUGACCUUCGUGCUCUGCAGGGCUUGUCCCGCGUGCUGUGUCGUCUCUAGCGUGCAGGUGGCUUCUCGCUCAGAGAGCAGCGCUGAGGCAGGGCCUUGUGCCAAGUCACAGGGCUCCUCGGAACAGGAACAGGAGAACUCUCACAAGUCCUCCCGCACAGGUGGGGGAUGGAAACAGUUUGUGGCAACACAAAUCUCUCUCCAUGGUGGAGAAACCUGUGCUUAUCCACUGGAUUCUACUCAGUGUCUAGUGAUCCAGAUGUAACACAACUAAGCCGGGCAAGUGUAUGGGCCCUCCCUGGUUGUAUUAAAUGUGUGUCUCACCUCUGGAACCUACUCAGCAGCUUGGUUUCUGGGGCUGGGCACACAUUUACUUCUUAAAGCCAAGCCUCUCCUUCACUGGUUUAGUGUUUAGUACACUUGGCCCACGUCAACCUCCACCGUCCCCCUGUUGCUGAAGUAUCCUCUUCACUCGGGCUCUGGAGACACUCAUGAGCAAAAGUCUGUGCCUGCAGCCAGGGCAUGGGUCCCAGGUGACAGGAAGGGGUGGCUGUGUGCUGGCGUCAUGCUGCAGUCCAAGGUCUAAGCAUCGCUUCACUGGGUGCAUGCCUUUCCCCCUCAGGUCUGAGGGCGACGGACUCCAGACUGCCCUCUGCGAGUCGUGCUGUGAUGCAGUUAUGUCCACUAAAACCUAGUCUGUCUGAUGCCGAGAAGAUUAACUGUGCCAGUGACCAAUUUCAUUUAAGUUGUAACCAUACCCCUUUUCUGCUUCACCAACCCGAUCUUUUUUAUGGAAAGUAUCAUUAAAGAUCUGGUCUCUUUC